AGUGACACUGUUGAGAGCGUGAAGACGCAGAUCGCGGGCAAGGAAGGCAUUCCAGCUGAGGUGCAGAGGCUGAUCUAUGCUGGGAGGCAAUUAGAAGAUGAGCAGACUCUGGCUCAUUACGCGGUUGAGAGGGAUUCCACGCUGCACCUUGUCAUGCGGCUGCGUGGAGGCAUCAUCGAGCCCUCUCUGCAAAUUUUGGCCCGCAAGUACAACCAGGACAAGAUGAUAUGCAGGAAGUGCUACGCUCGUCUGCACCCUCGCGCAGUGAACUGCAGGAAGAAGAAGUGUGGACACACAAACCAGCUGCGUGUCAAGAAGAAGCUGAAG